AUGCGGCUGCUCAAUACAACGACCUUCCAGCUCGUCCUCUUAUCCGACGACCACGUCCCGCCGUACGCCAUCCUCUCCCACACGUGGGCAGACGAAGAGGUAUCGUUCGAGUCCCUCUCUGGCGCCGCCACGCCGCCCACGCAUCUCCGAGGAUGGGCCAAGAUCGCAGAGACCUGCGCCGCGUCGCGGGCCCUCGACCUGGCACACGUCUGGGUCGACACCUGCUGUAUAGACAAGAGCAGUAGCGCGGAGCUCUCCGAGGCCAUCAAUUCCAUGUUCCGGUGGUACCAAGAGGCGUCGGUGUGCAUCGCCUAUCUAGCCGAUGUUGGUCCCGUGGGUGACGGCUUCGAGGCCAGUCGCUGGUUCACGCGCGGGUGGACGCUGCAGGAGCUGAUUGCGCCUCGCAAGGUGCUCUUCUACGGCGGGGAUUGGGCGCAGCUCGGCACCAGGGUUUCGCUCAAGAGCCUCAUCAAGGAGGUCACUGGCAUUCCCGAGCAGCUCCUCGCGCCCCGAGACUUCAACGACGAGCGCCUCGACGCCUUCUCGGUCGCGCAGAGGAUGAGCUGGGCCGCCGCACGCGUCACUACGCGGCCAGAGGACGUGGCGUACUGCCUGCUGGGAAUCUUCGACAUCAACAUGCCGCUUCUGUACGGCGAAGGGCGUGCAAAGGCGUUCAAGCGACUCCAAGAAGAGAUCAUCAAGUCGACGGAGGAUGAGUCGCUGUAUGCGUGGCGCUGCAGGCCGGAGUCCCUGCGCGAGCGACACUUUUGGGGGCUGUUGGCAGACAGCCCAGCGGCCUUUGGAAACUACCGCGGGUUGCUGCCGGUUCGGUCGAGAUAUUUGUCGAGGAGGCGUGCCGGCAAGACCGUCAGCGUGACGAAUCGAGGGCUGAAGCUGGAAGUUUUGCUCACGCCGUUUCCCAACGACGCUUCCGGCACCAUCUUCUUCGCCUUUCUCGACUGCGAUGUGCGCAGAGAAGGUUCUACGUCAACUCUUGCGCCCGCCAUCCUGCUCCAAAGAACAGCCUGGGACAGUGACGCCGACUUUAUUCGGAUUCGGCCGGACAUCCUGGCACUUUCUAUGAUGAACGUCGUCGUCUUGCCCGAUGAGAUUUCUCUCAAGGUGGGCGCCGGUCUCGGCGAUCACAACGCGGCUUUGGCAGAAGCUAUCCCACGGCAAAUCUCUGUUCCUCACAACUGCAUGGCGGCACUGCCUCCGAGUGGCAUACUAUUUGAUCCUCAAGUGGAAUACAGUGGCAAUUUGCCGGUCCAGGUAACAGUAAACGUAACGUCUCGGUCUCCGACGUGGCAGUACUUUGCCACUCCUACGUUGCCGGACUCGAGAGAGCUAUAUGAAAUCAACUUCAACCUCGUCUCCGUGCCCAACGUCGACCAACUCAAAGCCCCCACGGUGUUUGGCGUAUUGGAGCUGGACAUCAGCACCGCUUCGGUCGGAGAUGACCUGUGCUGCCUUGUCGCAGGCGUCGAGCCGACGGAUCCAAACCCGUUCGGGACACCGGCGCUGUACUUUGUGCCUUGCAUGUAA